AGGUUUUUCAAUUCAUAAAGCUAAAACGGGUUUUCCUGUUUUUUGAGAUUGCUAGUUACAAGUUCUUUGAAAAGUUUUGAAUCUAAAGAUAGAAAGUUUUUGUUUUUUACUUUUAUUUUUGAAUCUAGGGAUAGAAAGUUGGAGUGGGUUGUUUGUGAUUUUGAUAAAGAGAGAGAGAGAGAGAGAGAGAGAGGAGAGAGAAGUUGGAUUGGGUAUUGGAAAUAUAGAGUUUUAGAGAAAGUGUAUAGUACUGUGUCCAUGCGAAGAAACCGCUGCUAGUUCCGUACAAUAAUCAUUGGCUUUUCCAUCAAUACUUCUCGUCAUGGCUGUGGUGAGUCCUAUGCCUGCAAGCUCCCAAAUUGGGUUUCAUCACUUCAGGGCUCCAACGGUUGAGGCAUAUGGCCAAGAGAUAAUAGAGCUACCAGUGGCGCCACCUAUAACCGAAGAGAUAAUAUAUGUUGCUGUGGGAGAUAUCGUGAAGGAGAGCAUAUUGACCAUAGCAUGGGCAUUGCGGAAAUCAAAAAGGAAGAAGAUUUGCCUCCUUCACGUUCUUCAGCCUUCACAAACAAUCCCAUUGAUGGGUACAAGAUUUCCAGCAAGCUCACUGGAAGAAGAACAAGUCAAGGCUCACAGGAAAACUGAAAUGGAAAAUAUGCUAAAGACCCUGAAUCGCUACCUUCUAAUCUGCCGCCAAAUAGGGGUGCAAGUAGGGGUAGUACAUACUGCAAUGGAAAGCAUUGAAAAGGGAAUUGUGGAUCUCAUCUCGAAGCAUGGAAUCAAGAAGCUUGUUAUGGGAGCAGCAGCCGACAAGAACUAUUCAAGAAAAUUGAAGGACCUCAAAUCUAAGAAAGCCAUAUAUGUCCGCCAAGAAGCACCUGCACAUUGUCACAUACAAUUCAUUUGUAAAGGGCAUCUAAUUCACACGAGGGAGGGUAGCUUAUUGAAUGGAGCUGAUGUAAAGGCUGAAUCUUCAUUGCCAGAAGAAAGAACUCCAAACGCUAGUGACUAUAUCCAAGGAAGUGUCACUGAUGGAGAUGUUUCUGUUGCUCUAAUAAACGAGUUGGUUGAAGAAAGGUGCGCUGAUGAAUGCAAUGGGUCACUAAGGAUAAGGAGUCCUUUAACUCGCUCUUCUACUGUAGGAGUCUCACCUUCAUCAAUGCAACCCAAACCAAACAUGAUUACUGAUGAGAGUAUUAGUGGAGCUCAUGGUACAGUGGAUGGAGAUAUAUACCGUACUCUUUAUAAUCAACUUCAACAAAUGAUGGCAGAGGCUGAAAGUGCUAAGAAAGAAGCAUUCCAAGCGACACUCAAAUGUAGGAAAGCAGAAAGAGAUGCAAGUGAGGCUAUACGCAAGGUUAAAAAAUCAGAAAGUUUAUACGCUGAGGAUUUGAAAUGCAAAAAAGAAAUGGAGAAAGUACUAGCAAAAGAGAGAGCAGAACUUGAAAAGGUGAAGCAUGAGAGAGACCAAGUUAUGAGAGAACUCCAGAUUUCCCAAAAUCAAAGAUCAUUAUUUGAGAGCCAAGUGAAAGAAUCUCAUCAAUCUGUAAAGGGGUUGGAGAAGAGAAUUAUGUUUGUUUUGGAACUAUCACAAAUUUAUAAAAGAGAAAGGGAUGAGAUGCAAAUGGAACGUGACACUGCACUGAAAGAAGUUGAAGAGCUGAGAAGAAAGCAAGGAGUAGUGGCCUCAUGCACAUGCAUGCCUCAAUUCUUCAGUGAGUUCUCGGUCUCAGAGAUAAAAGAAGCAACGCGAAACUUUGAUUCAUCCCUAAUAAUUGGACAAGGAGGAUAUGGGGACAUCUUUAAAUGUUUCCUGCGUUGCACCCAGGUAGCUAUAAAAGUCUUACAUACUGGAAGUUCACAAGGGCCCUCUGAAUUUCAUCAGGAGGUUAAUGUGUUGAGUAAGUUGAAGCAUCCCAAUCUUGUAAAACUCAUUGGAUCUUGCCCAGAAGUUCACGCUCUCAUCUAUGAGCUUCUUCCCAAUGGGAGCCUUGAGGAUCGACUCAACUGUAAAAACAAUACUCCACCACUGUCAUGGCAAACUCGGAUACAGCUUGCCACUGAAUUGUGCUCUGUCCUUGUCUUUCUUCAUUCCCACAACAUAGUACAUGCUGAUUUGAAACCCUCCAAUAUUCUCCUUGAUGGUUCCUUCAUUGGCAAGCUUAGUGACUUUGGAAUCUGUCGUAUACUACGUGACAGUUCUAGCGACACAACAUUGUGUCAUAGAACUAUCCAGAAGGGCACUCUGGCUUAUAUGGAUCCCGAGUUCAUUCACACAGGAGUGCUCACUAUAAAAUCAGAUGUUUAUUCUUUUGGGAUCAUAUUGUUACAACUGUUGACUGGGAGACCAGCCUUUGGGAUAAAAAAGGAAGUGGAACGUGCCAUAAAUAUAGGAAAUUUGAAAGCUCUUUUGGAUCCUUCGGCUGGAAAUUGGCCAUUCGUGCAGGCUGAACAGUUGAGUCGCUUGGCCUUGAAGUGUUGUGACAUGUACAGGAAAUGCAGGCCAGACCUUGGGUCAGAAGUCUGGCAGGUACUUCAGAUUCAGACAAUGAGGGCUGCUUCUUGUGGAGGCUCAUCCUCAAUCAGCUUGGAUUCUUAAUAACAUCAUCAGACACCUUCAUAUAUACUAUUCUUCAUUUAUCCCAUGUCCAAGGCAUUGUAUAGUAGUUUUAUUACCCCCAAAAAUGCAAAGGAUCCGACUUAGCCUGGAUUAUCUUUGGUGAUCACAUCCUCCUAUGUAUAUAUGAUGUGGUAUUAUGACUAAAGGGAGCACUACUCUAUUGUUUUGGAUUAUAAUUCAAUCAUAUGUACAGUGUCUUGAGUACUUAAA